AUGGGCUCGGCCGCGACGGCCGAGUUAGCGGCAUGUCCAGCAGAGGACCCGGAGGAUGCGGCCUUGCUGGACUUUUUGUCAGAAGACCCGGACCGUGCGCGCCGCCUUCUGAGCUUGGCCGCCCGCGCGGAACGGCUGAUGCCGAGCGUGACGGCACCGGUGCCGGCACGUGUGAUGAGAGGUGCGGAGGUCGCGCAUUGGACAUCGCUCACUCAUGAAGAUCUGCGACAGGCAGCAAAACCCUGUCGGGGAACUUCUGCGGGCCUCGAUGGCUGGACAACUGAAGAAGUCUACGCUUUCUCGGAUGAUAUGCUAGCUACUUUGGCAGCUUUCUACAAUAAAUGCGAGAGCCUUGGCCAGGCACCGGCAGCUUGGAAGAUGACUCGGCAGGUGCACUUGAGCAAGGAUAAGAAGUUGCAGAGCGAUGGUUCAAGCCUUGCUGGUGACCUUCGUCCUUUCAUGAGCGAGACAUUGCCCGUUGGCAUACCUGUGUCAUCUUCUUUACCUCAAGGGGAUUGCUUCUCCAUGUUGGCAAUGACAUGCCUGCUUCUACCUGCGGUGAAUGAUAUCCGAACUCGUGAAGUGAAUGUGGAGCAAGUGGUGUAUGCUGAUGACCGUUCUUUUGCAUGUGCUACGCCGCAGCAGCUCAAACGUAUGACAGAACAUUGGACACGGUGGGCUGGGAUCCUUGGCCUUCGCGAAAACGGCAGCAAAGCUCAGUACUACCAUGCCCGCUCUGGUGGACGCCGAGACUUGGAACGCAUAGGCUUACCAUCUGAGUGCAUUUCAGACCGCAUUCGUAUCUUGGGCUUCACUUUCGCUGGACUCCGACCACGAAAAGCUGGGCCCCAUGAGCAAAGCCGCCUCGAGGAGGCCAAGGCCAAGGUUCACGAGAUCUCAGCGUGGACGCUAUGCAUGUGUCGCUGUGCGCUCAUCGUGGCGAAGAGCUCCGCUGAAGAAAGGGGGACUCGGACCGAUCGCAUUUCGAUCGCGCGCCGCGCGUGGCUCGUGGUGUGCACCGUGAAUCAAUUUGCGGUUCGGAACAGUGAAACUGUGAGACCUGGCCGAGCCUUCUGCUGCCAUUGUGAGACGAGCCGAGCAGUUGUAUGCGCUCGCACAGGAGCCGCACAGGAGAGGAGCUUGGCUGAAGGGGGGCAGAACGCCUCUGAUGGCCAGGUGCAGAGACUGUUGGUUGAGGCAGUGCCCGCUUUGCCGGGCUUCCAAGGCGCGAAGAGCGGCAGGCUCUUCCAGGCCAAGACACAAGAGGGCUUUCGAUGCGAAAGCGGUGAUGAGUCCUUGGCCGAGGACCUGGAGAGCAUUGCCUUUCGACGGCUGGAGCUUUCCAUUGAUCAAUCCACUCGAGCGAGCUCGAUGUUUGGCGGCCUUCUGGGCGAACCCGAACCGGAGCUGAGUCGACUCUUUCUCAUCGAGGCGCGCGUCUCGGUGCUCGCAAGGGAUGACGGGGCCACGCCGCUGUUGAUGGCGGCGCUGGAUCGGCAUGAGAGCGAAGGUCCUUUGGAGGUCUCGGAGGAUGAUCAGUUCAAAAACGACGUGACCGUCCUCUAUGACUGCUGGCGGAAAGGGAGCUCUCGAGUGGAGCUGCGCUUGGUGCUGGCGCCCGAGGUGGAUGGCCCACGGACUGAGAUCUGCAUGGCUUGGCUGAAGAGCUGCGGACAAGGCUUUGCUGCACUGCAAGUGCGCCAUGGUCAGUCGCUGAUCUUCCCGGCACCCGCGGACCAUGCACCAGUGCCGCCACUCUUGGCUGCUGAAGGCACCCUGGAAGAGGUCACCAAGCUUCAGUUCAGCUCCUUGGGUGCGAUGCGCCUGAAGAUGCCGAAGGUCUCCAGUGAUGAGCAGCUGAAGGUGGAGAUCCGAGGGCUCGCCUCUGCGGAUGCCAUCGAGGUGACCACCAGCGAAGUCCUUGAGAUCUCGGUGCUCUACAGCUGUCUGGGUGCAGGGGUGAUGGAGGUCGAGCUGGCCCUGGAGCAAGCGGUGCUGUCUGCAGCCCAUGCGCCAGAGGUGUUGCAUUUGCAUUGGCGGAAGCGCUGCGGCGAUUCUGUGUAUAGGUUUGUGGACGUCUAUUUGAAAAGCGAUUUGAACAAGACCCAGGUGGUCUCGAAAGGAACGACCUUGCCCGGUUUUAUGCAUUGCCCAAAGGAGGCAGUGUCAGGGGCAGAGGACGGUACCAAGCCGUUGACAAAAGGAACUGAGUGUCAGCCUGAGACCCUGGAGGUUUCUCCGAAGGAGGUGAAGACCACCGUGGAACUUCGGCUGGAUCCCGAAGGACACCAGCUGCCACCAGCUUUUCAACCCCACCCAGACCUGUCCUUUGACCGAAAGAUCCUCCGUGCGUACGUGGUCCAGCCCACGUCGGAGCUCUUCCGGAAGACGCAGCCGUCUUCGUUGCGGGCAAACACCAAUGCGAUGACGGUUCGCUACAGCUGCCACAAGGCUGGGGUGAGCUUGAUCGUGGUGACCAUCUAUGUGAUGAAGCACAAGCCGAUUGACUUUGCCUGGCGGAAGAGGUGCUCGGAGCCAAAGGUGCACACCAGCAAAGCCUUGACCGCGCCACAGGCCAUGACCUUCGCCUUCCUGGUUUGUGGAGGGAUUGGCCUGAUCGUUUGCAUGGUUUGCCUCUUCUGUAGUGGUGACCAGGACAAGAAUCAACUCUUUCAAGGUCACAGACGACCAGGCCGCGAAGUUGAGUUCAAGCCAAUCGGCGCCUCCCCAAAGGUGGGCUACGAGUAUGAGGAGGAGGUCAUGCAGCUUCUCAUUUUUUGGCCAGGACAGUGCCGCAAACAUGUUUUGGAAGGACAGGUAGGACAGACGAAGCAGCCAUGGGUGCGUCUAAGACUUCCUUGUCACAUUCACACUUUGAAAUGA